AUGCUGCAGGCUUUUCCCCCUGGCCACGUUUCUGUGUACAGCAUUCCAGCUCCAGAUGCUGAACGGGCUGCAGGGCAGGAAAGUCUGCGUGUUUGCUACUGCCCAUCCUACCAAGAAAAUUUGCGCCAAAAGUAUUGUUUCUUCAAAUGGAUUAAAUGGAGGAAAUAUCUUCUAGGAAUAUUACCUACAGUUUCUUUAACAGUUACAGCAAUUGUGCUGGUCUUGCACUACUCACACUUUUCGGCUUUUUCCUUUAUUUAUAUCGGUGGAAGUGUAGAAAUUCCUAAUUUGACUUAUACAAAUGACCUCAGUGAUCCAACAUCACAGAAGUUCCUCCUGCAAGCAAAAGCAAUCCAAAAUCAUUUGGCAGGAGCAUAUGAAUCUUCCUUCUUGGGAAAGUACUACUUGAAGUCUGUAGUGGCUGCUUUCAGUGAAGGAGAAUCUGGGUUGCGAGCUUACUUCUGGAAUACGUUCUGGGCACCACAAGAUGUGGUUGCUUCUCUUAAAAAAUUAACCCCAGUACAACAAAAAGGAAUCUGUACUAAACAAGCAGCUCCCUUGUUCAGAUCUGGGGAAGAAGAUUUUGAUCGUGUUACAAUGGAGCUUUUUGUUUCAGAUUCCACAGGAUAUGAUGUGAUGGUAAAAUCAGCAGUAUCCUUUGAUCUGUAUGCCAAGCCAGGUAACAACAGGACUCUAACUCUGAUGAAUCCCAAAAAGUCGUUUUAUCAAUGGAGACUGCGAGUUCCUUCUAAUUACGUGGUGAGACUGGUAGUUAUCACUUUGCGUGGUGUCACUCCAGAGAGCUGUGCAUCGCACCACUUGUCAGCAUAUGAUUUCCUUCUUCCACUGCAGAACAAGAUCAUUACCAGAUGGUGUGGGCCUGGGACCUGGACUCCUGUUGUGCAUUUAACUUCAUCAAGUAAUGUAAUGUUGCUUACCUUCUCACUGGACCGAAGAGGAGAAAGCAGCAUAUUAAAAGCUCACUUUAAAGCUGUUCCUAAAAUCAUAUGUGGUGGUCAUUAUAUUUCCUGGAAUGGGACACUGAGUUCCCCUUAUUACCCAAGUUACUACCCACCAAACAUUGACUGCACCUGGAUCAUCAAGGCACCAUUGCCUGGCUACAAAAUCUCAAUGAAAAUCCUUGUAAUACAAAUUCAAGAGAAGUCUCCAGGGUCCAGUAAAUGUGAUAAAGACUGGUUAGAAAUUGAUGGAGUUAGAUACUGUAAAGCUCUUUCAGAAAACAACAGGAACAGAGAAUAUGGCUAUUCUGUUGCAAUCAAUUUCCAUUCUGAUGAGCUGGUCACCAACAGAGGGUUUUAUAUUGAAUACAAAGCUUUCAGUCACACAGACCGCUGUAAUCCAGAACAAUUGAACUGUGGUGAUGGGAAGUGUAAACCUCAGUAUAAGUCCUGUAAAGAUGAUGACAGCUGUGGGCAGGACAGUGAUGAAAAGAACUGCUCCUACAAAAGUUGCUCCCCUUAUGCAUACAAGUGCCUCAAUGGAAAAUGCUUGCUGAAACCAAAUCCUGAGUGUGAUGGGGAAAGAGACUGUACAGAUGGAUCUGAUGAAAUGAGCUGUGCUUGUGGAAGACGACAGCUUAAGAAAAACAGAAUUGUUGGAGGUGAAGAUGCGAGAUCUGAGAAGUGGCCUUGGCAAGCAAGUUUACAGAUGGGGACCCAUGGCCACGUGUGUGGCGCGUCUGUGAUUUCCAACAGGUGGCUCGUAUCUGCUGCCCAUUGCUUCCUGGAUUCUGGUUCUGUGAGAUACUCCGUUCCAAGGGGAUGGAGAGCGUAUAUGGGCUCACGUACUAUUAAUGGAAAGAGCAAUCGUGUAGCUACGAGAGCAAUCAUAAGGAUUAUUGUCCACCCACAGUAUGACCAAUCUAUCUCAGACUAUGAUAUUGCCCUGUUGGAAAUGGAGACUCCUGUACUCUUCAGUGAGCUGGUACAGCCCAUUUGUUUACCCAGCACCUCUAGAGUAUUUCUUUAUGGAACUGUCUGCUAUGUAACUGGCUGGGGAGCCAUAAAAGAAAAUAGUCAUCUUGCCAAAACACUGCAGGAAGCUCGAGUGAGAAUCAUUAACCAAAGUGUUUGCAACAAGCUCUAUGAUGAUCUUAUUACUUCACGUAUGCUGUGUGCUGGGAAUCUCAAUGGUGGUGUUGAUGCAUGCCAGGGAGAUUCUGGAGGUCCCUUGGCCUGCACAGGGAAGGGCAAUAGAUGGUACCUGACUGGGAUUGUGAGCUGGGGUGAGGGGUGUGCUCGACGCAAUCGUCCUGGUGUGUACACCAAGGUGACAGCACUUUAUGACUGGAUCCGUCGGAAUACAAACUGAUGAGCCAAGGAGAAAAAGCAGGUCACCCCUGUGUGAAAGCUGCUUCCUACUGUAGUCGAUUUGAUGAUACAACAUGAAAAUGCCAUUGACUGUUCCUUCAUGAAAAAAUGCACUUUUUAAAUUAAGAAACUAUCAUUUGUGAUUCAUCUAGCAAUAACUGUUCAGCCUCCAAGGAACUUCAGAUUCCUUAUGGAUUCAUCUUCCUUACGCCUAUUUGCAGAAACAGAACUGCCUUAAAAACAAAAUAAAAUGGAUUAGAACCUGUAACAAAAACCUAGCCAUACUUCAUUCAUAACCCUUCUCCUCUCCUUCCUUGUCCAAUGUUAUCUGUAUUUGUUUCCACAUAUGCAUAUCUGGAUAAAAAUGGCCACACGCCAUAUAUAUAUAGCUCUUUAGGGAUGUUACAGGAUUCUAAACAUAAAUAAUUAUUUCAUAGCUCUUAAAAAUAUGAAUAUUGUGUACAAUAUGUAUUGUGUACAAAGCUGAGAUUAAUUCUUUCUAGUUAUGUGCGAC